AUGGAAGAAAAUUAUUCAUCUACUUCAACAAAUACUUUUAGAAGUCAUACGACAACUGUCACAGAAUUAGAGCAAAAUCAAGAGCCUCUUAUUUUACGUCUUAAACCAGUACCUAAAGAAAAAGAGGAGGAACUUCAUGUAACAUGGGAUGCUAAUGUUGUUAAUAAUGAGCAUCUUGGACGUAGAAAAAGUAAUUGUUGUUGUAUUUAUGUACCACCUAGAGAGUGGGACAAACCAGAAACACGUAAAAGAAACGAAUAUGAAACAGAAUUUUGUCGUGGGCAUACUGAAAUAAAUUUAUUUAAUGUUAAUGAAAAUAAAGAAGAACAAUGUGCUUAA